CGCUCCCGAUGGGCGAAAGGCGAUAGCCGAUAAACCAUUUUUUUUGUUUGUUCUCUCCCUCUAAUUAAGACUAAUCUUAUAAUUGAAUUCUUAUUCUUGAAAGCAAGGCGACGCGAAUUCUCUCUCUCAUUCCCAUCUAUUUCUCCCCCCCCUUGUCAGCGUAUUUUUUGUACUUCCCUUCAAAUGCCCUUGCAAUCGUAAGAAAUCUCCCCAAACUGAGUGAAAGAAAAGUAGGCAUCUCUCUCCUUCGGCAGUCAAAAUUAGGUUAUUCGCCUUCGUAUUCUCAAGUCUCAGUCCUUUCUCUAUUUCGUUUUAUUUUCACGUUCAAUCUCAUUGAAGUAGCUUUACCGGUAAAUGCUCUGGUUCUAGGGUUUCUGCAAAACUUGUAUAAAAGAACAGUAGGGUUUUCAAUUCGCAGGAAGCGCAUCGCGUUACCAAUUAUAUCCAACCUCAACUUAAAAUUCGUCGAGGAAAACAGAAAUAGAUAGAGAGAGAUAGAGGAGUUUCUGAUUUGAUGGAAGCUGCGGCCGGAGUUGCCGCAGGGCGUGGCAGUUCGCUAUCAAUGCCUUCUUCUCAGUCUGCCAGGAAGGAAUGGCGGGCCGUUUCCGAUCAUCAUUCUGUUCGGAAUGUCGCAAAUGAGGAGUUGGAGCGGUCGAAGAUGGGGCAAUCCGAUGAGAGAACAAUAUAUGAGGUGCAGCAGGGAACAGGGCCACUUGAUGUUGACUUCUGUUCGAUUACCGUGGAUGGAAGCUUGGACAAUGACAUAUUGCAGAAACGUCUUCAUGGUGUUUCCAGACAGAGGGAACAACUGCAACAGAUGGAAAUCGAGCUUAGAGCUCAGCUAAUAGCUAGAUCCGAGAUAACGGAGGUGCAGACUAGCUUUGAUGCUCGGAUCAAAGAACAUACUAAUGUUGCCGCCAAACUAAAGGAUCAACUACAAGAAAGGGAACAAACCAUACAUGAAUUGCAAAUGAAGUUGGAAGAGAAGGAUAGAGAGUUACAGGCAAUUAAAAUUGACAAUGAAGCGGCCUGGGCUAAGGAGGACCUUCUUAGAGAGCAAAACAAGGAGUUGGCAACCUUCCGGAGAGAGCGUGAUAACUCUGAAGCUGAAAGAGUUCAACAUCUCAAACAGAUACAUGACCUCAAAGAGCAUAUUGAACAAAAAGAGAGGCAGUUCUUUGAAUUGGAGGAACAGCAUAGGGUUGCACAGGAAACUAUACUAUACAAGGAUGAGCAAAUCAGGGAGGCAAAUGCUUGGAUUGCACGCGUUCAGGAAAUGGAUGCCUUGCAAUCAACAACCAAUCAUUCAUUACAAGCUGAGUUACAAGAACGUACAGAACAAUUUAAUCAGUUUUGGCUUGGUUGUCAAAGACAGUUUGCAGAAAUGGAGAGGCUUCAUUUGCAUACCAUACAACAGCUUCAGUUAGAGUUGGCUGAAGCAAGAGAAAAGAGUGGAGUAUAUAAAGAUGAGUCACACAUUACUCAUGCAAAUUCAAAGGAUGUAUCUCAAUUUGGACAGAAGAAGGGGGGGAACCAGCUCAAUGUAAUUGAAGGUGGCACUGCAAAUGGCAACUGUAGUGGCCUGCCAAAUGGAAAUGUAGAAAACUUUCCUCCUUUUGUUACAUCUGGAAAUGCAUCAACCAAGACUGAUCAUGCCCCUGGAGUUCCAGUUGUUCAAUCAUCCAUGAUUGGCAUGGGUGCUUACUUUCCACCUGGACAAGUGACUGCUCUUCAUCCUUUUGUUAUGCAUCAACAAGGUGUACCACACUCCAUGUCAGCAGUCAGUUCACAUGUUCCUCAGUCUCAAGUGGGCCAUUUUCAGCCAAUCACUGCAAUUUCAUCCCAGCAGCAUUGGCAAAAUCAGCAGACUGUAUCAGAGGGUUCACAAGUAUCAAAUCAAAAUCAACAUCAACCUUCCGAAACCGAUCAGAACCUUUUGAGGUCUGAUGGACAUUAUGACUAUGAGCUUUCUACAGACGGGCAGGUUCUUCCUCCAGAUUAUCUGGAUGCUCACAUCAGCCAAAAUCGGGAGCCUGGUUCUUUAGUUAAUACACCCACUGAAGAAGAGCAGGUUGUUGAGUCAAAUGAUAGAGGGUAUUUGGUUUCCCGACAACCACAUCAGAACCUUCAAGAUGGCUCUUCUCAAAUUCAUGACUCAUUGAGAUUGAAUCAUCAUGAAGAAAAAAGUCAGGGACAAGAUGAGAGCAUUGUCUCAUCAGUUAACCAUCCAAAAGAAGGGCAGAGUCUGUCAAUUGAACAACCAUGGAACCUUGUGAAAGCAUCGGUAUCUGAUAUACCUACCUAUCCAGUUGAUUCCAGUGAAGCCUUGAAUUGCACUGUCAGUGGUGUGGUUGAAGGUUCCACUUCAGCUGGGCAGACUACAAAUUUAUUGACACCUGCAAAGGUACCAGAGCAUACUCUGCUGGAUGAAAGAUCCCUAUUGGCUUGCAUUGUUCGUGCCAUUCCAGCUGGUUCUGGUGGCAGAAUCAGAAUUAGUUCAACUCUCCCUAAUAGACUGGGGAAAAUGCUUGCACCUCUUCAUUGGCAUGAUUAUAAGAAAAAAUAUGGAAAACUUGAUGACUUUGUGGCUGGUCAUCCUGAAUUAUUUGUGAUUCAAGGGGACUUUAUUCAGCUUCGUGAAGGAGCACAGGAAAUUAUCUCAGCAACAGCAGCAGUUGCAAAAGUUGCUGCUGCAGCAUCUGCCCCUUAUUCAUCAUUAAUGCCAUCUGUUGCUGUUACUCCUAUGGCACAGUCUAAUCGCCUUAAGAAAGCUCCUUCAAUUGAUACCAAAUCUGUGAUAAGUGUUUCAACAGAACAUUCUAAUACCACUCGUACAGAUGUAUCUAAUAAAUCUUCACAAUUUCCAGUUGUGGAGAAUCAACAUCUGAAUGGUGUAUCUCUUGACAUUGUUCAAGGUCUCUCAAAUGUAACAGUAUUGAGCAAACCUAGAGAUGUGUCUGAAUCAAAUGGUUUGCAAUCUGAAGUUAUACAUGGCAAUUCUUCUGUAAAUAUGUCAGUUGGAAAUGGAUCAAAUCCUGAUAAAACAGUUUUGGGUGCUAUUCAAAGCAAAGUGUCAAGUAAUGGGAGACAUGGCAUGUAUUUUGGAGGGAAGCAGCAGGCAAGGACCUCUGGAGCUGCCUCAACAUCUAGAAGAUAGAUUUAGAGUGGUUUUCACGAAGACAUUUUUUUUGCCAAAAUGAUUUACUUCGAUAUCUGGUACCUAUAUUGGCAACAACAUUGGUUGUAUCUCGAAUGAAUGCGAAGAUGCAACAGAAUGUGGAAUGUGGAAUGUGGAUGGAAAUCUUCCUUAAGUUAAUUAAUCAAGGUAUAUAAUUCUUCCAUUGGGAUAUGGAUUUGGUUUUAUAAUUUUCAAUUUCAUUGGAAAAAAAUAUUUUUGUUUC